CGUGGUAUUUCUCAACUCUGCACAAUUCAACCUCUUCUCAAUCGCCAACUCAACACUCGUGAACGGUAAGAAUUCAACCUCUUCUCAAUCGCCAACUCAACACUCGUGAACGGUAAGAAUUCAGCCUCUUCUCAAUCGCCAACUCAACACUCGUGAACGACCUGCAGCCAUGCCGUCAGACCUGGAACGUGCCAUGGAGUCCAUGAUCACCGUGUUUCACAAGUACGCUGCUAAGGAGGGCAGUGGCAACACUUUGAGCCGCCGUGAGCUCAAGGACCUGAUGGAGAACGAGCUCUCUGGCUUCCUCAAGUCUCAGAAGGACCCAGCCACAGUAGACAAGAUCAUGAAGGAUCUGGACUCUAAUGGUGAUGGAGAGGUGAACUUUGAGGAGUUUGUUUCUCUAGUUGUGGGCCUGUCCAUCGCCUGUGAACAGUGCUACCAGAUGCACAAGAAGAAGAUGGGGAAGUGAGGGUUGAAAGGAGGAGAGGAGGAAUGGGCUGCUGAGUAGAGAAGGGUUCUAAUUUUCACGUUUGUAAUUGUCACACUGUCCAUUAAACACAAAGACCAAG